CCGCCAUGAUCCAAGCUGAAGAGCUACCAGUCGACCAGAUCCUGAACAGGGCUCUGAACGAGAUCUCCAGCGCCUUACUUUCUGCCAUUACUGCUCGUACCCGAGCCCAGGCCUAUUAUGAGCAGAUUGAGGCUAAAGUUCUUGAGAAACAUCAGGUGAAGGCGGCCGAGGAACUUUCGGCUGCUGAGGCCAAACAUGCUAAGGAGUUGGAGACGGUGGUCCGAGAGAGGGAUGCAGCGGUAACCAAACUGUCCGCGGUUGAAGCUGUAAAAGACGCAGCGGUUAAGCUGAGGGAAGAUACAAAGUUGAAAUGA